CUGUCUCUAUAGCUAUCCCCUUUCUCCAACAGAGAGGAAGAAGACCAAACUACUACUCUGUCCUCUCUAUUCAAGUAUUAUUACUCUUCCCUGGCCUCCAUCCUCUCAGGUUCAAUCAAGAAUGGCAGUCGAGGUGAAAUCCGAGGCAACUCAGAUGGUAGAGGAGACCGUCAAGGCUGCCGAGGAGUCGGUCCAGGUGGUGGGGGAUGAGGAGAAGAAACGAGAAGAAACCAAGUCGGCCGAGGAGGAACAGAAGGAUUCUUCGGUCCCUGUGAUCGAGAAAAGUUCUUCCUUUAGGGAGGAGAGCAACUUCCUCUCCGACUUGAAGGAGAGCGAGAGGAAGGCGUUGAUCGAGCUGAGAGCGAAGGUCGAGGAGGCUAUCCUCGAGAACAAGCUUUUCAAGAAGGAAGAGCAGAAAGCUGAGGAGAAACAAGAGGCCAAAGAGAAGGAAAAACCCCACAUCCAAGAGGGAGAUGAAGGCGAAAAAGCAAAGCCUGAGCUUAAGGAGAAAGUGGAGGUGAAGGAGAAGGAGGAGAGCAAGCUUUUCAAGAAACUUUUCAAGAAGGAAGGCAAGCAGGAGGAGCAGAAACCGAAGGAGAAAGAAGAGGUGAAGGAGACGGAGAAACCUGAAACCCAAGAGGGAGAUGAGGGAGAAAAAGCAAAAGCUGAGCCAAAGGAUAAAGAGGAGGAGGAGGAGAAGGAGGAGGAGGAGGAGGAGGAGAAACCUAUCUCCCAAGAAGGUGGUGAAGGAGAUGAGGUGAAACCUGAGCCAAAGGAGAAAGAGGAGGUGAAACCCGAGACAAAAGAAGGUAGCGAAGGAGAAAAGGCAGAACCUGAUGUAGCUACUGAGCCAAAGGCCAAAGAAGCUGAACUUACCGAGGAGAAAUCCACAGCUUCUGAGGUGAAGGCUGUGGAAGAAGCUGAAGCAACCGAGGUCAAAGAGGUCGAAGUCAUCGACAAGGAGGUGUCUCUUUGGGGAGUGCCCCUUUUGCCAAGCAAAGCCUGUGAUAGCACUGAUGUCAUCCUUCUGAAGUUCCUCCGUGCCCGUGAGUUCAAGGUGAAGGAGGCCUUUGAGAUGCUCCAGAACACUCUUCGGUGGAGAAAGGAGUUCAAUGCCGAUUCAAUCCUCGAUGAGUUGCUGGAUGCUGAUCUUGGAGCUGCGAGCUACACGGAUGGCGUCGAUCGUGAGGGGCACCCUGUUUGCUACAACGUCUCAGGGGUGUUCCAGGAUGACAAGCUCUACCAGAAGAUUUUCGGUACAGAGGAGGGGAGGGAGAAGUUCCUGAAGUGGAGGGUUCAACUAAUGGAGAAGGGCAUUCAGAAGCUUGACUUCAAGCCUGGAGGUGUUGCCUCGAUGCUCCAGAUUACUGACCUGAAGGACUCUCCCGGUCCAUCGAAGAAGGAGCUUAGGAUUGCUAUGAAGCAGGUUGUCCAGCUGCUUCAAGACAACUAUCCAGAAUUUGUCGCAAGAAAUAUUUUCAUCAAUGUUCCGUUCUGGUACUACGCAUUCAAUGCUCUCCUCUCCCCUUUCUUAACCCAAAGAACUAAGAGCAAAUUUGUCUUUGCUCGUCCAGCAAAGGUCACAGAGACUCUUCUCAAGCACAUUCCUGCUGAAGCUGUACCUAUCAAAUAUGGUGGCCUGAAACGCGAGAAUGACACCGAGUUCUCUGUCGAAGAUGGCGGGGUUUCAGAGCUCAUUGUCAAAGCUGGUUCGACUGAAUGCAUUGAAAUUCCUGCGCCAGAGGUUGGAACUACACUACUUUGGGAUUUGAUUGUGUUGGGUUGGGAGGUGAGCUACAAAGAGGAGUUUGUCCCCACUGAUGAGGGGUCCUACACCAUCAUUGUUCAGAAGGGCAAGAAGUUGGGAUCUCAGGAAGAGCCAAUGAGGAACUCAUUCAAGAACAGUGAGCCUGGGAAGGUCAUCCUGACAAUUGAGAACAACUCAUACAAGAAGAAGAAGGUCUUGUACCGAUUCAAGACCAAGAGUUAUUAAGCAGCAGCAGCGGGACUUCCAUGCCUUCGUUACUUCUAUAUUAUCGAAUAAUAAAUGUGUCAAGAGUGUGUUGAGAUCAGGGAUGGAGAUUGAGUGAGAUGAGAUAGUGGGAUACUUACUAGAUUCAUUCUUUUACUAUCAUUCUUUUAGCAGCAUCCUGUGUGGAUAUGCGUUUGGCUUUUGAAGCUUUGCUUCCAAAUUUCUGCAUGGUUGUAUUACAGUAUAGUAAUCUUUGUAGAGAAGCAUGAUUUUUUCAAUAAUCAACAAUUUAUCAUUUGAUAGAA